AUGAGCGGCAGAGUCAUUGCUGCGCGGCUCCAAGCCGGCCGGCUUCGACCCAAUGCCGCCCUCCGCUUUGGAAGAGCAUGGUCGAUGCGCAGCUAUGCUCUGCAUAACAUGCCCGCCACCCGCCAGAUUUCCUUUGCCAGAGCUAUCCCUAAGCUUGCGACAAAGUUUGCAACUGCCGGUGCAGCUGCCGGGGGUGCAGUGGUCGCCGGAGUUUCCUAUAUUCAGUAUCAAGCAGGCCAGGCCGGCGGUUACAUAGCAGACGUAUUUUAUAAAACCAAAGACGGCGCCUCCGAGUUUGCUUCCGGCGCGUUAGACACAGCCUCCGGAGUUUUGGAUCAAAUUGCACGCGGAUGGGACUCUACAAAGGAGGAUUUGGAGAAGGUCGACUAUCCGGAAUGGUUACAGCGACUCAUGUCAAGAGAUGAUGAAGCAGGCUCCGGUGGUGGAAGCGGACGUGGUCAAGGACCAGAGGAGCCAAAGAAAAGCGGCGCUGGAAAAGCUGCAGCAGGUGCUACAGCAGCGGGAGCAUUUGCUUAUGCGGACAAGGAAGAAGGCGAUGAGGAUGAGAAAGCCGAGGGAGAACGGAUCGCAAGAGAUGAACAGAUGAUGAUGUUGACCAGGAAGAUGAUUCAGAUCCGGGGACUGCUGCAGACCGUUGGACAGUCCGAUUCUCUCACCCUUCCGUCCAUCGUGGUUAUUGGAUCUCAGUCCUCAGGCAAGAGCUCGGUGCUGGAAGCUAUUGUUGGCCAUGAAUUCCUGCCCAAAGGAUCAAAUAUGGUUACCCGCCGGCCCAUCGAGCUCACCCUCGUCAACACCCCUGACGCUCAUGCAGAAUACGGAGAGUUUCCUGCCCUUGGCCAGGCGAGAAUCACGGAUUUCGGACAGAUACAGAAAACACUGACAGAUCUCAAUUUGGCUGUGCCACCGGAACAAUGCGUCUCAGACGAUCCAAUCCAGCUGAGGAUAUAUUCCCCGAACGUCCCAGAUCUUUCCCUCAUCGACCUUCCCGGAUACAUCCAGGUUACGGGCAGGGACCAACCACCAGAGUUGAAAGAAAAGAUUGCCGAACUUUGCGAUAAAUACAUCAAAGCCCCGAAUGUUAUUCUGGCAAUCUCCGCCGCAGAUGUGGAUAUGGCAAACAGCACUGCUCUGAGAGCAUCCCGGAGAGUCGAUCCAAGAGGCGAAAGAACUCUCGGUGUUAUCACGAAGAUGGAUCUCGUUGACCCCGAGCGCGGUGCCUCGCUGCUGAAGGACCAAAAAUAUGCUCUGCGACUGGGAUAUGUGGGUGUGGUUUGCCGCGCACCCUCAAAUGCGUCAAGUUCGAAGCUGUUCCAUCGUGGAAGCGGUAAUAUCAUGCAAGCCGUGACGAAGAAUGAGGCGGCCUAUUUCUCAUCCCAUCCGGAGUUUGGGCCUGAUUCUCACCUUGCCGUUGGGACCAAGAGCUUGAGGAAGAAGCUAAUGCAUGUGCUCGAGCAGACGAUGGCCGCGAGUCUGAAGACAACUGCCGAGGCGAUCCAACGGGAGCUUGCAGAAGCAACCUACGAGUACAAGGUGCAAUACAAUGAGCGGCCCCUCAGCGCAGAGUCCUACCUUGCGGAAUCCCUGGACGCGUUCAAGCAUGCAUUCCGCGGAUUUUCAGAGCAAUUCGGCCGCGAACAAGUGCGGGAGCUCCUCAAGCACGAGCUGGACCAACAGGUGCUGAACCUGUUGGCACAAAAAUAUUGGAACCGACCAUUUGACGACCUCAGUGCCGCAGUUCCGGAAAGCGACCCUUUGAGCGGUCUGAUGAAGGCAGAUCCGCAGGGUCAGAAUCAGAUCUGGCAGAUUAAGCUGGACAGCUCCAGCGCCGCAUUGACAAAGUUGGGAGUCGGCCGAUUAGCAACGAGUGUCGUGGCCAAUGCUCUCCAAGCGCACAUUGACAGAUUGAUUACCCAAUCGAGGUUCUCCGCGCAUCCUUUUGCCCGCCAAGCCAUCACUGAAGCAUCAACAUCUAUCCUGAAGGAUCUGUCGUACGAUAUCGCAGACGAGCUUGAAAUAUGCAUCAAGCCGUACAAAUACCGUAUUGAGGUGGAAGAUCACGAGUGGGCGAAGGGAAGGGACAAUGUCGCAAAAGUCCUGAAGGAGGAGCUCAAAGUGUGUGAGGACGCGGUCAAGAGACUCGAGGAGCAAAUGGGCGGUCGGAAGAAGGUGAAGGAUGUGAUGAGCUUCAUCGACCGUGUACGGAGUGGACAGGUGGUCCUGGAAGGAGACGGUGUUGGCGGUGCCGGCGGUUUCAGUGCCGCGCUUCUACGAAAAGGGCGAGAAGCAGUUUUCCUGCGCGACCGGGUCGAUGUCCUCAAAAUGCGGCUGAUGGCAGUAAAAUCCAAACAGUGUGCCAACAAGAAGAACAAAUAUCAUUGCCCUGAGGUCUUCUUAGACGCAGUGGCAGACAAACUGACCACCACCGCUGACUUAUUCUUGGACGCUGAACUUCUGUCCAAGUUCUACUACAUUUUCCCGCGCGAACUCGAUGCCCGCCUGGGCAGGGGCCUCUCACAGGCCGAAAUCGACCGCUUCGCGCGCGAAGACCCCAAGAUCCGCCGCCACCUCGACGUCGUGCGGCGGAAGGAGCUCCUCGAGCACGUCCUCAAGGAGAUGGAGAGUCUACGGCAGUUGGAAGCGCGGGAGAAGCGGUAUUCAGCGCGACUUGAAGAAGGGCGCGAGAGAAGAAAAGGGGGAUGGGGAUUGUUUUGA